AUGCCCAGUCAAGAUGUGGGGGUGCCCAUACCCCAAAAUACGCCCCAUGCCGUGUCUGUGACUCUACCAACGUGGGAAGCGACUGUGAGUUACGAGGAAGGUGAAGAAUGGGUUACGAAAAAAAUGACUUCAGGUUACCCUCGAUUCUUCAUCCAUUCUGUGAUCCAAGAUUUGGCAGAAAAUCUUCAAUCCAAAUAUGGUCGUGAAGGCGAAAGAUGUAUGAUCUUCCCAUCUUAUAAGGUUGCUAAACGAUGUAGGGAGUUUGUCAAAACUUACUCGCAAGAGCAGGUUCCGGUUAGAGUGCUCCAGUUGAGCACUUCUCCUCCUUCAACGGAGGAUGAAAAAUCAAGCAUUAUUGAAUCUACCAUUGGUGUUGUUUUCUUCCCAGUCAAUCACUUUGCUAUUGCCAAAAGCUACUGGCAGCACUCUGGAGAGGGAAUAAGUUCACGAAUGGCAGAAUACGUGUUGGCUGAACUCUUCCACAAGGACUCGGCCAGCUCUCUGCCUCGGCUGUCCAGGUCGUCGUUUCUGAAACAAGAGCUUCAGGCAAGACAAAUAUUACACAAAUCGCCAUCUAUUCGGGCUUCAAGUCUUCAUGAAGAAUCUGAUAAAGAACAGGAUACCUAUAUCGAACAAAAGUACGGAAGAGUUCUUGAUUUGAAGUUCGAGAAACAGGCUAGAUCAGCCUUGAGAAGAAGAAUAUGUGGAAAAGUAGACAAAUCUCACAGCCAGGAAGAAGAAAUGGAAAGGUCUCAUCGGGGAAAGAACUUGAGUGAAACUGACGUAUAUUUGUACCCUACGGGAAUGGCUGCAAUCUUCAAUGCGCACCGAGCUCUUUUGGGUGUGGUUGAUGAACCCAAGAUCUCAGUCUGCUUCGGGUUCCCCUAUGUAGACACUUUGAAUGUUUUACGCAAGUUUGGACCGGGUGUUCAUUUCUUGGGUCUUGGUGACGACGAAUCGUUGGCACAGUUGGAGCAGGAUUUGGAGAGCGGAGAAAGAGAUAUAAUGGCACUUUUCUGUGAAUGUCCAUCUAACCCUCUAUUGAAGACUCCAAAUUUGAAAAAGAUCAGAUCUCUUGCCGACAAAUUCAACUUUGCUGUUGUUGUCGACGAAACAGUGGGCAACUUUCUCAACGUUCACGUUUUGCCUUAUGCAGACAUCGUUGCUUCGUCAUUAACCAAAGUAUUUUCCGGAGACUCCAAUGUGAUGGGUGGCUCUUUGAUACUCAAUCCUCUGUCUUCAUGGUACGACAGGCUCAAGAAGUUUUUCAACGAUGACUACGAAGACUUGUUUUGGGCCAAAGAUGCUUUGAUUUUGGAACGUAACUCUCGUGAUUUUGCAGAGCGUUCAGCUAAAAUCAACGACACCACCGUGGCUGCGGUGGAACUUCUCAGGGCCAGUCCAUUAAUUGACAGGCUUUAUUACCCGAUGAUCUCAGAUACAAAGAAAUAUUAUGAUGAGAUCAAGACACCCAAUGGCGGGUAUGGCGGUUUGGUUUCCUUUGUUUUCAAGGAUCCAGCGGAUGCAGUAGCAUUUUUCAAUGCAGUGAAUUUACAUAAAGGGCCAUCUUUGGGAACCAAUUUCACAUUAGCAUGUCCCUAUGCUAUAUUGGCACAUUACCAAGAAUUAGACGAAAUAGCCCAGUGGGACAUCGAUAGAAACAUCAUCCGCAUAAGUGUGGGUUUGGAAGAUAAGGAUGAGUUGUGUCUGACAUUGAAGAAAAGCUUGGAUGCAGCGGCUGCACAGCAUAAAUAG